AUGGCGCCGCUUGGCCCGUUCGAACCCGCGCCGCGCGUUGCCGUGGCGGUCUCCGGCGGCUCGGACAGCCUUGCACUGUGCCUGCUCGCCGAUCGCUGGGCGCGCGCGCGGGGCGGCACGGUCUUCGGGCUCACUGUCGACCACCGUCUGCGCCUUGCAUCGGGAGCCGAAGCCGCCCAGGUGCGGCGCUGGCUCGCCACCCGCGCCAUCUCCCACCGAACGUUGCGUUGGACGGGCACCCGCCCUGUCUCCAGGAUUCAGGAGGAGGCGCGGGCCGCACGACUCGCGCUGCUUGUCGGCUGGUGUCGGCAGGCUCACGUCCUUCAUCUGUUGCUCGGCCACCAGCAGGAGGAUCAGGCCGAGACGGUGCUGCAGCGACUCGUCCGCGGUAGCGGCAUCGACGGGCUUGCCGCCAUGGCGCCGGUUCGCCUGGCAAUCGAGUCCGACGGCGGCGGCGUGCGUAUGUUGCGCCCUCUCCUUCCGGUGCCGCGUGAUGCGCUGACAGCAACCCUGGCCCUUUGGGACCAACCCUGGAUCGACGACCCGACCAACCGCGACACCUGCCAUACUCGCCCGCGCCUGGCGGCGGCGCUGGCGCAGCUCGGGCCGGAAGGACUGAGCGCUGCGCGGCUGGCCAAGGUUGCCGAGCGCGCCGCAGAGGAUCGCGCCGCGCUGGACGGGCUCUGCUCCGACCUGCUGGCCCGCAGCGCGCACCCCGCGCCCGGCGGCUUUGUGACGCUGGACCGAUGCAUCUUGCGUCAUGCGCCGCCGGCGUUGGCGCUGCGCGCACUGAGCCGCGCCGUCACCACGGCUCCGGCGCUCCUCAUCCUCCGCGGAUGGAGCGUCUGGAACGGCUGGCGCAGCGGCUGCGCGGCGAUAACGUCAGGGCGGCAACGCUCGGCGGCUGUCGUGUGGUCCCGCAAAGGGAUGGACGACUCGUCGUUUGCAGGGAGCCUGCGGCAGCCUCGGAGGUCCUUUCGCUCAAGGCGGGCGACAGUGCGCUCUGGGACCGCCGAUUCGUCGUCUCACUCGGCUCGUCCGCCGGGUCGGGGCCAUUCCUCGUGCGCCGGCUCGGCACGGACGGUCUGA